CAUCCUUUUCAGGAUACGUUUGUGUAUUUUUUCGCUGCGUUCAAUGGAACCAACAAAUUUACAGAAAGCUAUAGCAAUAGCUAACAAAGCUUCACAAGAGGAUCAAUUUGGAAAUUAUGAGGAAGCUGUCAAAUCUUACAAACAUACAGUGAAGUAUUUUCUGCAUGUCAUCAAAAGUGAGCCACAGGGAAAGGAAGGCAACCAGAAGAUCAGAGACAAGUGUGCAGAAUACCUUAACCGGGCAGAGGAACUUCAAAACUAUCUUGAUGAGAAACAGAAAGCCAUAGAUCUUGCAAGUAAAGCGGCUCAAGAGGACAAGGCCCAGAAUUAUGAGGAGGCUCUGCGUCUGUACCAGCAUGCCGUUCAAUACUUCCUGCACGUGAUCAAAUAUGAAGCUCAAGGGGACAAAGCUAAGCAGAGCAUAAGGGCUAAGUGUGCUGAGUACUUGGACCGGGCAGAGAAACUAAAGGAGUAUCUGAAAAAUAAAGAGAAAGCACCUGCCAAACCUGUUAAGGAGUCCCAGUCUGACGACAAAGGAAAUGACAGUGAAGAUGAAGAAGACCCAGAAAAGAAGAAGUUUCAGAGUCAGCUCUCAGGGGCCAUUGUCAUGGAGAAGCCGAAUAUUCAGUGGAAUGAUGUGGCUGGACUAGAGGGUGCCAAAGAGGCCCUGAAGGAGGCUGUUAUUUUGCCCAUCAAAUUCCCCCACCUCUUCACAGGCAAAAGGACUCCAUGGAGGGGGAUCCUGCUCUUUGGGCCGCCCGGCACGGGCAAGUCUUACCUGGCCAAAGCCGUGGCCACUGAGGCGAACAACUCCACUUUCUUCUCCAUCUCAUCCUCAGACCUGGUGUCCAAGUGGCUCGGAGAGAGUGAGAAGUUGGUGAAGACCCUGUUUACCCUCGCCAGAGAGCACAGUCCGUCAAUCAUCUUCAUUGAUGAGAUCGACUCACUGUGCGGCUCCAGGAGCGAGAACGAGAGCGAGGCAGCACGUAGGAUCAAGACGGAGUUCCUGGUGCAGAUGCAGGGUGUUGGUAAUGACAACAAAGGCAUUCUGGUGCUGGGAGCUACCAACAUCCCAUGGACACUGGAUUCUGCUAUACGGAGACGAUUUGAGAAGCGCAUUUACAUCCCUCUUCCUGAAGAGCACGCUCGCUCCUUCAUGUUCAAGCUUCACCUGGGCACCACGCCCAACAGCCUCACUGAUACCGACUACACCACCCUGGGCAAAAAGACGGAUGGCUAUUCAGGGGCCGACAUCAGCAUUAUAGUCCGCGAUGCGCUUAUGCAGCCUGUGCGGAAGGUGCAAUCAGCCACUCACUUUAAGCGGGUACGAGGCCCAUCGCGGGACGAUCCAAAUGUAAUAUUGGAUGACCUCCUGACGCCUUGUUCUCCAGGUGACCCUCAGGCUAUAGAGAUGACCUGGGUGGAGGUUCCUGGGGAUAAACUCCUGGAGCCUGUAGUUAGUAUGGCGGACAUGUUAAGAUCCCUGUCCAACACCAAGCCCACCGUCAACGAGCAGGAUCUGGAAAAGUUGAGGAAGUUCACCGAGGACUUUGGACAGGAAGGCUGAGGGGGACAGACUUGUUUCUGGGAACCAAAGCAAAUGCCUUGUGAUUGUAAAGUCUUUUUUUUCAUUUUCUUCCUCUCCUCUUUCCUCUCCCCUUGGACUUCUGCUUUGACUGGCAAGUCUGGACAUUUCUUUGAGGCCAGUCUGAAGGUUACAUGGGACCCAAUACUUUAUUGAUUUAUAUUUUGUCCUAAGGUUGCCCCAUCCACCAUCCCCUACCCCACUCUGCAUAUAAGGGUGCCGUUAGUACAUUCCAAGGCUUGGGCCCACUACCUGUAUUUGUCACGGUUGAAUCAUUGCAUCUGGAGGAGAUGUGAUAACCCUUUUUCCACAACAGCUGCCUUACGAAUAAAACUGCAUUCUGAAAGUUGUGUUUUCUGGUGCAACAAAUUUUCAGCAGUGCACUAAUGUGAACUUGGACAAUUUUCUGACACCACUACAGAGCACACAGAUGUAUUUCAACUCCCUAUAAGCUGAUGGUGUAAGGCUCAUUUUGAUUUUAGUGGAUGCAGGGUCUCCAAUCUUACAGAGUGAAACUUUAAAAUCUCUGUCUCUCAGAUUGCCAGAAGACGCUUCAUAGGCGUUACUGCAUUCAUAAAUUUUUAGGAUGUAAACGCCAUGCUUUUAAGUACUGAGUCUGUCUUAUUUAUAGGAUAGCGUGCCUCUGAAUAGUCGCAACUACUAAAUCUAAGGUAACUUUAUCCAAGGAGUGCAAAACAUCUGCUUUUGCAAACCGUAACCUAAAAUGUUUUCAUUGUAACUACUUUAAGAAGAUACAUUUGAAGUUCUGGGUGCAAAGAAGAUCACUAUAACACAGACUUUUGGCUUUUUGUGAGUUUCUUGCAAAGCUCUGUGGUGGAUGGAGAAUAUAGUCUCACAAGGCCUGAAAUCCUAAUCAUUUCAGUCUUUUGUCCAUUUGUAAUAUUUUUACAAAAUUGACUUCCUUUAUUGGACAAGAUGAGGGAUCAGUAAUGAGUAUAUUUGCAUCCAUGCACUACAGUAUAUAGACCUUGUGCUUGGCUUAUCAUACAUACUUUUCUCCAUCUCAUCCACCAUUCUCUAAUUCCGCUUGCCUGGCCCCAUGAGACAGUAAUGCUUUUCUUGGUGUGUUUGCAUUUAUUAGGCUAUACAGCUGACUCUGGGUAAAAGGAGGAAUCUAUAUUGAAAUGAAAUUAAAGCCCACAGUGGUGCCCCACAUUAUUAUUUAAGGUGCAUCUGAUGAUUUGAGGCCAAUAUUUGAAGAUGCUUUCACCUGGUUACAUAGCUACUGACCCUCUUGCUACAGCUAAGCAAACCAUGUGCCUUCUAUGCAUAUUUUUGAGUAGCUCUAUAUUAAUGUUUUAUAGACAGAACAUUUGGGGAACUGUUGAAUAAUAUUUGCACAUUUCAUUUAAAUUAAUACCCUAUCAUAUUGUAUACAGAUAUGCUCUUAUGCACUUAUGGUGUUGGUUUUUUCCUUAAAAAUGUUAAGAUAGUAAAUUGCUAUUAAAAUAUACCACUACUAUGUAUACCACCAUUACUAGUUCGUAUGUAGGUAUGUAUCCAACUUUUUUUCAGUUGGAGGAUCCAUGUUAAGAAAUUUCUUCAGAACCAAUUAGUAUUUUGUGUUACUUGUUUCUUUUAUUAUACACAUGUAAAUAAAGACUUAUGUUGACAAA